GCAAAAAUGUCUGCCUCAGGGAAACUCUAAGUGAUACAAAUAGAGCAUAUUUCCCACUGCUAUUGCCGUUUUAAGGCACAUAUAACGCGUGUCGAGGCGUACUGCGACCAGGCGAGUCUUCACCAGAUCACCCUAGUCAGGAUUGCACUCGGAAAAAAGGUCUCAAACUCGCCAGGAUGAAUCCUCAGCAGCGGAUUGCCGCUCUCGGAACAGACAAGGAAUUAAGCGACCUCCUGGAUUUUAGUGCGAUGUUCUCUCCACCUGUCAACGGAGGGAAAAACAGGCCAACGACACUCGGAAGCAGCCAGUUUAGUGCAUCAGGUAUGGAUGAGCGGAGCAACCAAGCAUCUUGGGCCCCAGGUGGCGAGUCCAGUCCUUCGUACGAACCCUCCCGGGGUUUCACAGACAGCCCUCAUUAUGGCGAUCAUUUGAGUGACAGUCGAUUAGUGUCCCAUGAAGGAUUGUCUCCAACACCUUUUAUGAACUCCAACAUAAUGGCUAAAUCAGAGAGGGCUGCAUUUCAUGGCUUUGGAAGGGAUACUGGAGCAUCCGGCUGUCAGCCAUCUCUACGCUCAGACGUGGGAGUGACAAGUCCUAGUUCAGGGACGACAUCGGCAAAGUCAGCGGCUCCUUUCUACACGUUCAGUGCAGCCAAUCCCAGAAGACGUUCUUUACAGGACCCUCCGGCCAUUGAUCCUCUACAAACAAAAAAGGUUCGCAAGGUCCCUCCUGGCCUGCCUUCAUCUGUGUACGCGCCAUCUCCAAACUCAGAGGACUUCAACAGAGAUUCUCCCUCCUACUCUUCUCCCAAGCCUUCCAGCAAUAUGUUUGCAAGCACUUUCUUUGAUGGUACCCACAGUUCAUCUGAUCCUUGGAACUCAACCAAUGGGAUUAGUCAGGCCAGCUAUGGCGGAAUACUUCCAGGAUCUCCAUCUCACAUGCCACAGUCAGGAAACUACAGCAGCCUGCACUCGCAUGACCGUCUGAACUACCCAGCACACUCUGCUUCCCCAGACAUCAAUGCCAGUCUUCCUCCGAUGUCCAGCUUCCACAGAAGCAGCACAACCACUUCACCAUUUGUCUCUGCAACACACACCCCGUCGGUCAACAAUGUAGAUGGGGUGCUGGCUGCUGCAAAUCGGGGCAACACCACUGGAAGCUCACAGACUGGAGACGCACUUGGCAAGGCUUUAGCCUCGAUUUACUCACCUGACCACACGAGCAGUAGUUUUCCCUCCAACCCGUCCACGCCUGUGGGUUCCCCCUCUCCUCUCAGAGCCACAGCAGGUGCUGGCUCAUCAGGGACUGUUGUAACGGCUGCCGGCACUCCGUCUGGAAGACCAGGUACCAACCAGUGGCCUCGUCCUAGUGGACAGACCCCUUCGUCUCCAAAUUAUGAGAACUCACUUCACUCACUGAAAAACAGAGUUCAUCAACAGUUACAUGAGCAUCUUCAGGAUGCCAUGUCUUUCUUAAAGGAUGUCUGCGAGUCUCGAAUGGAGGAUCGUCUUGACCGACUGGAUGAUGCAAUCCUUGUUUUGAGGAACCACGCAGUGGGCUCCACCGCUAGUCUACCCAGCGACAUCCACAGUCUGCUGGGACAGGCACAAAAUGGCCAACUCGCAGCCAUCGGAGCAGGUUUCCCUGCCUCAGCGUUGGCUCCCAGUCGGACAGCAGCAAUGGGUUCUUCCCAUGCUGAUGACGCCGCUAAUCUGAACAGCCAUGGAGGCCUGCCAAGCACUGGCUCCACGUCCAGCACAGAACUCAACCAUCAAGUGGAAGCAUUCAGAGGCUUGGCUGGUCAGGUGGCUACUGCUUUGGCGCUGAAGGUGGAGAAACAGGACAAAGAUGACAUGAAUGAUUCCCUCUCUGCUGAUGACAAGUCGGAUGAUGAGAGUGACGGCCUCAAAACACCUCGCGCUGGCACACGCACAAGUCUUACAGAGGACGAAGACCUGAAUCCUGAGCAAAAGGCGGAACGGGAGCGAGAGCGGAGGAUGGCCAACAACGCCCGGGAACGCUUGCGGGUGCGGGACAUCAACGAGGCCUUCAAGGAGCUGGGUCGCAUGUGCCAGCUGCACCUGAAGAGCGAGAAGCCUCAGACCAAACUGCUCAUCCUGCAUCAGGCAGUGGCAGUCAUCCUCAGUUUGGAGCAACAAGUCAGAGAGCGGAAUCUCAACCCCAAAGCGGCCUGCCUUAAGAGAAGGGAGGAAGAAAAAGUAUCUGGCGGUUCCGGUGACGGCCAACAAGGUCACACGGGGGUCCACCCAGGCUUGACUGACACAUCCAACCCCAUGGGCCACCUUUGAGGCCCGGACAGAUCAAACAUUUCAUCCCGUCUGAGAUGGCGACUUGCCUCCCUGUGGAGGAGGGGGCUUCCCGCUCCGUUUGCGCCACUUUGUGGAGGACUAUAGACCACCAGAAGCCAAAAUCACAGACUAAGACCCAAGACUAACACAAUCCAGUCCCGAGACGGACGAGGAGCCCGCUCGGCACUCUGUCUGCAAAUUUCUCCCCCGGAAAGCGAGAAGAAUCUUGAGCACAUAUUACGCAGAUCUGUGAGAAGCGUGACGCUUCUGAACAAUCAGACUUUGCAGUCUCCUCCGAUCCCGCAUGGAGGUUGCCUCGUGCCUAAACUGAAUUGACGAAUGCAUUGUAACAGCAACUUGUUUUCUUUGUAUUUAUUAUGACCGUGAGCUCAAAGUUUAGUGUCUAAAGGGAAAAUGUAUCCAUUUUUUUGGUUUUCAGUUUAACCCGUAGUUUGCCAGUGUCAUAGUUAAACAACAAAGCACUCUAACCUGGGAGGUGAAAUGAGAGAAAAAGUGAGAUUGGCUGUGUUCGAAAUCCCUCCCUGUCACUAUAGAGUGCACAAUAUGGUGAGCUUGCCAUUUUGUAGCGCUGUUCAAAUGUAUUGUGAGCAUAUGUUAUUCCCUAUAUAGUGCUCUCAAUGUAUCCCAUGAUGCAUCUAGAAAAGCAGUGAACAACGAUGGUCACUGGUGUCACAAAAGAUACAUUUCAAACCCAACUAGUACGUCCCAUAAAGCAUUGUGAUGACACAGAAAAACAAUCUUCCGUUUCCAGGGUCUUGUUUGAUUGUCGGCAAGAGACAAAUUCUUAAGUAAUAGCGUGAAUAUAUCUUUAAUAAAGGAACACAUCACAACAUAAA